UACGCGACGUGUGCGGUAGUUAAGCGCGCGUUCCAACUGUUGUUCGCUUACGAAUUUACUAACAUAAAAAAAUAUAAACAAACGGUAUCGCGAGUUUUUCUCCUAAACUCAGGAACAGUUUAUCGCAAUUCUAUAAGUGAAAAUAGUGAUCAAAGUGGGCUGUGCGAGAAAACAAAACAUCAACGGCUGAGAAUCAAAUGCAUCCACAGGUGUCUUUCUAACUUUGUUAAACUUCUUCGGCAAACGCGUCCCGUGCUUUUUCACGGGCUUACGAUGAAUUUGACCGGAUAACGUGAAUUUAAAGUACUUGUUGGAGCAAUAUGUGAGUUAUUUUGUUGAAAAAACUACGGUUACGGUCGACCUUCACUGAAUGUAAACAUAAAAGCAGUUCUUCGGCUACACCUUGAAUCAACAUGGAAGUAAUUCGACGGACGAUACAGCGAAAAUAUGGAAUUUUAGGAUUUAGCUUAAUGAUUACCAGUUUAUUGUGUCGGACAAUUAAUGCAGAAAAUUUACUUCAAGCUCCAAGAUUCACAACAUUCACCAGCAGCAGUAUUAUCAGAUUAGGAACAACAAAAAUAGUACAGUGCCAAGCUUUUGGAAAUCCGCCACCCCAGUUCAGAUGGCUGAAAGACGGCGUCCCGAUAACCGAAUUUUCCACGGAUCCAUUUUACAAAAUCAUCUCGGCGAAGCACGAAGAUGGAGGCAGUUAUCGAUGCAUCGCCUCUAACAAGAUCGGCUCGAUUAUCAGCGAGGAAAUCAGAAUCAUCGUUGCAUAUAUGGAUGUAUUUGGAGGCGAUUCGGAAACAUCGAUAACCGUAAAGGAAGGAGAAGCGGCCAUUUUGGAUUUGCCACCCAUAGAUUCGGUUCCCACACCUGACGUCACGUGGCAAACAGACGAAGGCGAUCUUCCGUACGUUCAAAAAUAUGUCAAAACGAAAACCAAUCAGCUUGUUAUUUUAUCUACCGAGAAGACAGAUGAGAAAUCUUACAGAGCUCGUGCCAUCAACAGCCAAGAAGGCAAAGUGGAGAACAGCGCCUUCAUCAGACUGACCGUCGAUGACCCACCCUACGACACCGGCGAGUCCAAGGAUAUCGCCCCCGAGAUCAUCGUCGGCCCCGAAGACCUCCAAAUCGUCAAAGGAUCCCCCUCGGCCACUCUGGACUGCAUCGCCAAUGCUCGUCCUCUCUACGAACUCAACACCCUGUGGUUCAAGGACGGGAUACCGAUAGAGAGUGCAGGGAUAUCGUACUCGCUGAACGACAUGUGGAAUUGCAGUUUGACGCUUGUGUCUGUCAACACGACGCACAGUGGGCAGUACGAGUGUAGCGUCAGUUUGAGGUCGGGAGGGUUUCCUACAGUGAAAGCUGCAGCACAGGUUGUUGUUUUAGAAAAACCGAGAUUUUUCAGUAACGCUAGACCAGAAACGCUAGGAGAAUAUGGAUCCCAACUCAGCUUACCUUGUGAUGUUUUAGGAAUUCCAAAACCCAACGUGACAUGGUACAAAAACACUGAAGAGCUAGAUUUAAGUGACAAAAGAUUUGUUGUGGAAGAAGACAACUCGUUACUCCUUAAGAAAAUUAUGAUCGGGGACAAUGGUAUGUACCAGUGUUUUGCAAGGAACAAAGCUGGUGAAAGUUCUAUGUCAACGUGGUUGAAAGUUAAAAAAUUCCGCAAUGCUCGCAGUAUAGCUGCGAAAUUAAUACGACUGAGGACAUCUGGCGAACGUCAUGGCAAAAAGAACUAUAAUUUCAUAGCAACCUCUGCCCAGCCGGUGAUGGAGACAAGACCUAGGAAUAUGACGGUGUUGGACGGGCAGGACGCGACGUUGACCUGUAGGGCAGCUGGCGCUCCCGUGCCUAACGUAACGUGGAUAUUUAAUGGCGAGGAGGAAGUUAAGACUUCUAGUAGAGUACAGAUCCUGCCAGACACAGGCGAUCUAUUAAUAGCAGCUGUAAGAGAAAGGGAUGCUGGUGAAUAUACUUGUAUACGAGCAAAUGAGGCAGGCGAAGUUAGAGGAACAGCCUUUUUAACUGUAUUAGUUCGAACUCAAAUAGUUCAACCUCCUGUAGAUACGAGAGUUUUGCUAGGACAUACAGCUACACUCCAAUGCAAAAUUUCUUCGGAUCCAGCUGUUCCAUAUGAGCUGGAUUGGUUUCGGGAGAAACAACCUAUCAGAGCAACUCAAAGAACGAGUGUACUUCAGGAUGGAACCUUGGAAAUUCAAGCUGUCAGGGCUUCGGACGUGGGACAGUACACUUGUUCGGUACGAUCUCCUGGAGGGAAUGAGACGCGUUCAGCCAAACUCAGUGUUAUCGAGCUGCCAUUUGCUCCUACCAACGUUAAAGCAGAAAGAGUGGACUCUGGAGGCCAGAGAGCUGUUAAUGUUAGCUGGACACCUGGUUUCGACGGAAACAGCCCUAUAAAACAGUAUAUAGUGCAAAAAAGAGAAGUGCCCGAAUUUGGUCCCAUACCCGACCCUCUGCUGAACUGGGUGACGGAAAUCAGCAACGUGUCCGGCGAUCAGCGAUGGAUGUUGCUCACCAACCUCAAAGCGGCCGCGUCGUAUCAGUUCAGAGUCAGCGCUGUCAACAGCGUGGGGGAAGGCAGUCCCUCCGAACCCAGCAAUCAGGUUAUGCUUCCUCAAGAGGCGCCUUCCGGACCACCUGUUGGAUUCGUCGGAUCUGCAAGAAGUUCUUCUGAAAUCAUCACCCAAUGGCAACCACCUCUGGAAGAACAUAGAAACGGGCAAAUUCUAGGCUACAUUAUUCGAUAUAGACUUUAUGGAUACAAUGAUAGCCCUUGGACUAUUAGAAAUAUUACAAAUGAGGCUCAAAGAAAUUACCUCAUAACCGAUCUAAUCACAUGGAAGGAUUACAUUGUACAAAUCGCAGCGUAUAACAAUAAAGGAGUUGGUGUUUUUACCGACGGUGCCAAGAUAAAAACCAAAGAAGGAGUUCCCGAAGCGCCACCUAUAAUUCAAAGUGCGGAUGCAAUAAAUUCUACGGCAGUCCAAAUACGGUGGAUACCUCCAGAUCCACAGAAAAUCAAUGGCAUCAAUCAAGGUUAUAAAAUACAAGCUUGGAGGUGGCUUCCUAACAGAGGACACGUCGAAGCCAGCAUGAUGACAGUGCAUCCGAAUCUCCUUGAUCCGUACGCGGAGCAGAGUGCUCUCAUGACGCAUCUUGAUAAAUUCACGGAAUACAAUAUAACUGUAUUGUGUUUUACUGAUCCUGGCGAUGGAGAAAUUAGCGAUUUUGUUCAUGUCAAAACCAAAGAAGAUGUUCCCGAUGAAAUAUCGAACUUACAAUUCGAUGACAUCAGCGAUAGAGCUGUCAAAGUACUCUGGCAACCACCCAAGAAAAUUAACGGGAUAUUAACAGGAUACCAAAUCCAAUACCAAAUCAAAGACAUGCCCGAAACGACGAAAGUGCGAAACCUUUCGGCCAGCACUCUAAGUUUAAAAGUCACAGAACUCCAAGCUACUACUCAUUAUAAAUUCGAAGUGACAGCGUGGACAGCCGUGGGUGCCGGACCACCGAAGAUCGCUAUAAUUCAGUCAGGUGUCGAACCAGUACUACCUCAUCCUCCAUCAAAACUGGCUCUCUCCAACAUAGAAGCUUUCUCUGUUGUACUACAGUUCACUCCUGGCUUUGAUGGUAAUUCUUCUAUCACCAAAUGGACUGUGCAAGCCCAAACUGCGAGGAACGCUACUUGGUUUACGGUUUACGAAAUAAGCGAUCCCGACGCUACUACUAUAACGGUGACAGGAUUGGUUCCUUUUACGCUUUACAAGCUGAGACUUAUCGCUAAUAAUGUGGUUGGAGCUAGUAUUCCUUCAGAAGCGACCAAGGAGUUUCAGACUAUUCAAGCGCCACCUGCACAUCCACCUAAGAAUGUGACAGUUAGGGCCAUGAGCGCAACGGAAUUGAGAGUACGAUGGAUUCCUUUACAACAAAUUGAAUGGUUCGGAAAUCCUAGAGGUUAUAAUAUCACUUACACUGAAGUGAGGACUGGAUAUAGCUACAGCGCAACUAUAGAAGACCAUACUGCAAAUUCCCACGUUGUAGUGGGUUUAGAGGAAUUUGCUCUAUACGAAAUCAGAAUGCAAGCCUGUAACGACGUAGGUUGUUCCGCACCAGGUCCAAAAGCUCUUGAAAGGACUAGAGAAUCAGUACCCUCCUUUGGUCCUAUGAAUGUUGUUGCUAACGCGACUUCAUCCACUACUAUUGUAGUGAAGUGGGGAGAUGUACCGAAGGAACAUCAGAACGGUCUUAUAGAAGGUUUUAAAGUAUAUUAUGCUGCUGAUACUAAAAGUUCGGUAGACUAUAAAACCAUCCCUAAUAAUUCGACAUUUACCACUACAUUGACUGAACUGAAGAAAUAUGUUAUAUAUCACAUCCAGGUGUUGGCAUAUACAAGGUUAGGUCAUGGUGAACCCAGCGAACCAGCUGUAAGUGUCAGGACAUUUGACGACGUUCCUGGAGCUCCUUCUAACGUUUCUUUCCCUGACGUAUCGUUUACCUCAGCCAGAAUUAUAUGGGACAUACCUGAAGAACCCAACGGCGAAAUCCUAGCAUAUAAAGUGACCUAUCACAUACACAACGUCAAUACAAAUAAUAAGUACUCCAAGGAAUUUGCUCCAUCUGAAAGAACUUUCAGGUUUACUCAGUUAGAACAAGAAAGGUAUUACAUGUUCUCUGUGAGCGCCCAAACUAGGUUAGGUUGGGGGAAAACCGCUCAUGCUUUAGUUUACACGACGAAUAACAGAGAAUCGCCACAACCUCCUUCAGUUCCACAGAUUAGUAGAUCGCAGAUACAAAGUAGAGCGAUUACGUUUAGCUGGACACCUGGCAGAGAUGGAUUUGCACCGUUAAGGUAUUAUACUGUCCAAAAGAUGGAAGAAAAUGGACCUUGGCAGUCCUUACUUGAAAGAGUGGACCCUCAAUUAACUUCUUAUACUGUUUCAAACUUAAAACCUUUCACAACAUACAGGUUUAGAAUACAAGCCACUAAUGAUAUUGGUCCCAGUAGAUUUAGUCCAGAAUCUGUAGAAGUCAGAACAUAUCCUGCUGCUCCAAGUAGAGCAGUGGCUGGACUAAAAGCUGUACCUAUAACAACAACAAGUGUAGAAGUAUUUUGGGUACCAAUUGAAGAACCGUUUUGGAGUGGGGAUGUUAAAACUGGAGGUUACAGAGUUGUAUUUCAACCUGUCUCAGAUUUUCCUACAGCUUUGCAAGCUACACCCAAAGAAGAGGUCAUGGGAAUAAAUGCAAGUAAAAUGGUAUUGAGCGAGCUUCUGCAGGACAGAAACUACGAAAUCAUCGUGGUACCUUUUAAUCAGCAAGGAGAAGGACCAGCUAGUCCUCCAGUUACGGUUUAUGUAGGAGAAGCAGUACCUACUGGGGAACCAAGAGCACUACAAGGAGAACCAGUAUCUUCAACCGAGGUCAGGUUAAGAUGGAAACCUCCUCAGCAACAUAUGCAAAACGGCGAAUUAUUAGGUUACAAGAUAUUUUACUUGGUCAUAAACUCACCGCAAAAAUUAGAAGUUGGUAAAAGAUGGGAGGAAGAAAUUGAAGUGGUUGCAGCAUCCACUACUUCCCAUAGCUUGGUGUUCCUAGAUAAAUACACUGAAUAUAAAAUACAAAUUUUGGCAUUUAAUGCAGCAGGUGACGGACCCAGGUCUCAUCCAAUUACAGUUAAGACACUUCAAGGUCUUCCAAGCGCACCUGUCAAUUUAAAAUUCACCGAAAUAACAAUGAACAGCCUGAUGGUCAUGUGGGAUCCACCAAAGAAACCUAAUGGAGAUAUCAUUGGUUAUAUAGUGACUUAUGAAACUACUGAGGAGAAUGAACGAUUUAGUAAACAAGUUAAACAAAAGGUAUCAACGAAUUUCUUGCAAGUGCAAAGUUUGGAAGAAGAGAUUACGUAUACUUUCACUGUAAGGGCUCAAACAAUAGAUUAUGGGCCUCCAAUAUCGAAUAAUGUUACUACCGGACCACAAGAAGGUUCCCCGGGUUCGCCAAAGGAAUUAGUAAUAGCAAAGACGCUAUCCAGCGUUGAUUUACGAUGGUUAAAUGGACCUACUGGAAAAGGACCUAUACUUGGAUAUUAUUUCGAAUCCAAAAGAAAAGAUGAUAGUAGGUGGCAGACUGUCACGAAAUCAGACAAUGGUCCAUUACAAGAAUUCACCAUUUCAUACCAAAGCCUAUUACCCUCAACUGUGUAUAUCUUCAGAGUUAUUCCUUACAACAAAUUUGGCAUUAGUUGUCCAGCUGUAUCACAAGAAUCAAUUAUAACUCCUUCAAAGUUAUAUAUGGAAUAUGGAUACAGACAAGACAGACCUUUUUAUAGAACGACGUGGUUUAUGGUUGCUCUAGCGGCCAUUUCCAUUAUUAUUAUCAUAACUAUUGUCGCAAUAUUAUGCGUUAAGAGCAAGAGUUAUAAGUACAAACAAGAAGCUCAAAAGACUUUAGAAGAAUCUAUGGCUAUGUCAAUGGGAGAUCACCAAGAACUAGCGUUAGAUUAUUAUAGAUCGAAAAGUACUAAUGGUACCAUUACAGCAAUGGGAACAUUGGGUAAAAGAAAUUGCCAAAGAAAACAAACUCACAAUCAGCCACCUAAUAUAUUAGGUAAAUCUCCUCCUAGACCAUCACCCGCAUCGGUUCCUUACAAUUCAGACGAAGAAAGUUUGAAAGGUUACGACGAAAAUCCAGAUGAUAGCAGUGUAACUGAAAAACCAUCUGAAAUGAGUUCAUCCGAGCAGGGCUCUGAAAGCGAAAACGAGAGCGUCCGCUCCGACCCGCACUCCUUCGUCAACCACUACGCCAACGUGAACGACACCUUGAGGCAGUCGUGGAAACGACAGAAACCUGUCAAAAACUACUCAAGUUACACCGACUCCGAGCCCGAAGGCAGCGCCGUUGUGAGUUUAAACGGCGGACAAAUCAUACUGAACAAUAUGGCCAGGUCGAGGGCACCCUUGCCCGGGUUCUCUUCCUUCGUGUAAAUAAACUUAUAUAGACGGAACUAUUAGGAAAAAUAAAUUGUGUACAUAUUUGUUUCUGAGUGAGUGCGCAGAUGAUGAGAAAGUUGAUUUUAUAUAGGGUAUAGUUUAAGGAGGCUUUUAUCGAAUCUCAUAUGUUAUUUAUAAGUGUGGUAACGAAAAAUGACUGUUAAAUAAUCGUUGGCAUUGAUGAUAUCCGUUUAUUUUUGCUGUCUGUCAUUUUAAAUGAUCGAUUAUUAUGUUAAAGUUUAUGAUAAGUUAUAUCAUUCGAAAUUUCGAAAAAAUCUUCUAAGGAUGAAUGAGUUACAAAAAUAUUUUUAGUCAGGUGUGACCUCGAAAAGAAUGACAAAUUUGAUUGUUAUAAUAUCAUUCAAUAUAAAUACAUUUUUGUAAUAAAACAAAGACACUAAAAAAUGGGUAUUCUCGUCAAACAUUCUAGAUUCUAACAUGAUUUUUUCUAUUAAAUAAGUCGAAAACAUAUUGAAUGUUGUCUUUACAGGCCGUCGUAGAACCGCGUAGGAUCUGCGGAAAAAAUAUUUAUAAGUAAAGAGACUAUGAGAAAUUACUGGAAAUUAUUUUCAAGUUUGUAAAACGGCCGCUAGAGGGCGCGGCAACUGCUAUAUAAAAUGAGAAAAAGGAGUUUUUACAAAAUUUUGUCUAGAUAACAGGUACUAUAAAUGAUAGCUUCCUAAUCUACACUAAAUUUUGAAUCUUUUUUGUUAAAGCCAUUUUCCAGUAUCUGCCGAAAUAAAGUGGUGGGAAAAAAAUUAAUAACUCCGGACUGGAUGUUCUAGAAAGAGAUCUAACCUUCCCCCAC